AUGGCCAUUCCUGACGAAUUCGAUAUCAUCGUUGUUGGUGGAGGUUCCACCGGCUGCUGCAUUGCCGGCAGACUCGCCAACCUCGACGACCAAAACCUCACUGUUGCCCUGAUCGAGGGCGGUGAGAACAACAUCAACAACCCUUGGGUCUAUCUUCCCGGAGUGUAUCCGAGAAACAUGAGACUCGACUCCAAGACUGCCACCUUCUACACGUCGAGGCCAUCCAAGGCUCUGAACGGCAGAAGAGCAAUCGUCCCCUGCGCCAACAUCCUCGGAGGCGGCUCGUCGAUCAACUUCCUGAUGUACACCAGAGCCUCUGCGUCCGACUACGACGACUGGGAGUCCGAGGGAUGGAGCACCGACGAGCUGCUGCCUCUGAUCAAGAAAAUCGAAACCUACCAGCGUCCUUGCAACAACAGAGACCUGCACGGCUUCGACGGCCCAAUCAAGGUCUCCUUCGGAAACUACACGUAUCCAACGUGCCAGGACUUCCUGAGAGCAGCCGAGUCGCAAGGAAUCCCUGUCGUGGACGAUCUCGAGGACUUCAAGACAUCGCAUGGUGCAGAGCACUGGCUGAAGUGGAUCAACAGAGACCUGGGCAGAAGAUCCGACUCUGCGCACGCCUACAUCCACCCAACCAUGAGAAACAAGCAGAGCCUGUUCCUCAUCACCUCCACCAAGUGUGACAAGGUGAUCAUCGAGGACGGCAAGGCUGUGGCCGUGAAGACGGUGCCUAUGAAGCCGCUGAACCCUAAGAAGCCGGUCUCCAGAACCUUCCGGGCCAGAAAGCAGAUUGUCAUUUCGUGCGGAACCAUCUCGUCGCCUCUGGUGCUCCAGAGAUCCGGUAUCGGAGCGGCCCACCACCUGAGAUCCGUGGGAAUCAAGCCUAUUGUCGACCUGCCAGGUGUGGGUGAGAACUUCCAGGACCACUACUGUUUCUUCACUCCGUACUACGUCAAGCCCGACGUUCCUACGUUUGACGACUUUGUCCGCGGCGAUCCGGUGGCCCAGAAGGCCGCUUUCGACCAGUGGUACUCCAACAAGGACGGUCCUCUGACCACCAACGGUAUCGAGGCGGGAGUCAAGAUCAGACCGACGGAAGAGGAGCUGGCUACCGCCGACGAGGACUUCAGACGCGGCUACGCCGACUACUUCGAAAACAAGCCAGACAAGCCUCUGAUGCACUACUCUGUCAUUUCCGGCUUCUUUGGAGACCACACCAAAAUUCCUAACGGCAAGUUCAUGACCAUGUUCCACUUCCUGGAGUACCCAUUCUCCAGAGGAUUCGUGAGAGUCACCUCGGCAAACCCAUACGACGCCCCUGACUUCGACACCGGCUUCCUCAACGACGAAAGAGACCUGUGGCCUAUGGUCUGGGCCUACAAGAAGUCCAGAGAGACGGCCAGAAGAAUGGAGAGCUUUGCCGGAGAGGUCACCUCGCACCACCCACUGUUCAAGGUCGACUCGCCUGCCAGAGCCAGAGACCUCGACCUCGAGACGUGCAGCGCAUACGCCGGUCCUAAUCACCUCACUGCCAACCUGUACCACGGCUCGUGGACCGUUCCAAUUGGCAAGCCUUCGCCUAAGAACGAGUUCCACGUGACCUCGAACCAGGUCCAACUGCACUCCGAAAUCGAGUACUCCGAGGAGGACGACGAGGCCAUCGUCAACUACAUCAAGGAGCACACUGAGACCACCUGGCACUGCCUGGGUACCUGCUCGAUGGCUCCAAGAGAAGGCAGCAAGAUUGCUCCUAAGGGAGGUGUUCUGGACGCCAGACUGAACGUUUACGGAGUCCAGAACCUCAAGGUUGCAGACCUUUCUGUCUGUCCCGACAACGUUGGCUGCAACACGUACUCCACCGCCCUGACCAUCGGUGAGAAGGCUGCCACUCUUGUUGCUGAAGAUCUUGGCUACUCAGGAGCCGACCUGGACAUGACGAUUCCAAACUUCAGACUUGGAACUUACGAGGAGACCGGACUUGCCAGAUUCUAA